AUGUCGUAUCCACUUCGAUUUUGUCUUCAGUCAUCAAUAAUUAAACAAAUACGACCUUCGUUUUCGUCAACACGCUGCAACUCAACAGAAACACCACGCAAAAUAACGACACAUUAUACAAUUUAUCCAAGAGACAAAGAUGAACGAUGGAAAGAUGUCAAUAUGGAACGUUAUACAGAAGAAUACGAUGUGGCUAUUGUUGGUGGUGGACCAUAUAUCCUUUUCUAUUCAUUAUUUCUUGAGUUCGCACCUGGCCUUUCAGCUGCAAUUAAACUGAAACAAUUAGCUGCUCAACAAAGUAAAGAAUUACGAGUGUGUGUCAUUGAAAAAGCGUCGACCUUUGGCGCUCAUAUAUUAUCUGGUGCUUGUAUUGAAACACGAGCACUUGAUGAAUUAAUACCAGAUUGGAAAGAAAAAGGUGCCCCGGUAAACAAUCCAGUUACCAAAGAUCGUUUUUAUUUUCUUACGAAAACCUCAGCAAUUCCAAUCCCGAUCAUCAAAGGACUUCCAAUGUAUAAUCAUGGUAAUUACAUCGUUCGUUUGGGUAAACUAGUUGGAUGGCUUGGCGAACAAGCUGAAGCAGCUGGCGUAGAAAUGUAUCCAGCAACAGCAGCUAGCGAGAUUUUGUAUCAUGAUGAUGGCAGUGUGAAAGGUAUAGCAACUAAUGAUGUUGGUAUUGCUAAAGAUGGUUCACCUAAAGAUUCAUUUGCACGUGGCAUGGAGUUACAUGCAAAAUAUACAAUUUUCUCUGAGGGUUGUCGUGGUCAUUUGGCUAAACAGCUGUUCCAAAAAUUUGAUUUAAGAAAAAAUUGUACACCACAAACGUAUGGUAUUGGUCUAAAAGAAAUGUGGGAAGUUGACAAAAGUAAACAUGAACCAGGCCUUGUUUUACACACAGCUGGAUGGCCUAUGGACACGCAUACAUAUGGUGGUUCUUUUAUAUAUCAUCUAGUCGAUAAUGAUCAACCAUUGGUUGCUGUUGGAUAUGUUGUUGCUUUAGAUUAUAAAAAUCCGUAUUUAAAUCCAUAUCAAGAAUUUCAACGUUUUAAGACUCAUCCAAAAAUUCGGCCAUUCUUUGAAAAUGCAAAACGUAUUGGUUAUGGAGCUCGUGCAUUAAAUGAAGGUGGUUUUCAGGCUAUCCCAAAACUUACAUUUCCUGGUGGUUGUAUAUCUGGUUGUAGUGCAGGAUUUUUAAAUGUACCGAAAAUUAAAGGUACUCAUACGGCUAUGAAAUCUGGUAUUGUAGCUGCUGAAUCAAUUUUUGGUUUAUUAUCAAAACCAACUACUGACAGUAAAACAAAAGGAAUAGAACCAGUUGAUUAUGAAAAUCGCAUUAAAAAUAGUUGGUUAUGGAAAGAACUGUAUAGCGUACGUAAUUUCCGUCCAUCAUUUAAUACACCAUUAGGCGUAUUUGGUGCUAUAUUUUAUGGAGCUCUUCAUUUUGUACUACGUGGUAAAGAACCAAUUACACUUAAACAUGAAACACCCGAUCAUACAUGUUUGAAAGAAGCAAAAGAUUGUACACCUAUUGAGUAUCCUAAACCUGAUAAUGUAGUUUCGUUUGAUCUUCUAUCAAGUGUUUCACUAACGAAUACAAAUCAUGAUAACGAUGAACCACCACAUUUAACCCUUAAAGAUGAUAGCGUGCCAACAAGUGUUAAUUUAGCUAUUUAUGACGGACCUGAACAACGUUUUUGUCCAGCAGGUGUUUAUGAGUUUGUUGAAAAUGACUUGGGCCAACGUCAAUUGCAGAUAAAUGCGCAAAAUUGUAUUCAUUGUAAAACAUGUGAUAUAAAAGAUCCACGACAAAAUAUUAAUUGGGUGACACCACAAGGCGGAGAAGGUCCAGCUUAUAAUGGAAUGUGA